UUGCACCUGUUCCUACCUCCUUUUGACAAUGGUGGCCUCUCUGAAGCCAUGGCCUCUUGUGAUCGCCGUGACCCUGUGCGUCUUGUUCUGCUUGGGGACCUUAGUAGAUGCCUACCCUCCCAAGCCAGAGAGCCCCGGAGAAGAUGCUUCCCCAGAAGAGAUGGCUAAAUACUUCUCAGCUCUCCGGCAUUACAUCAACUUGGUGACACGGCAGAGGUAUGGCAAGAGAUCCAGUCCAGAGAGCUUGAUGUCUGAACUCAUUUUUGGAGAUAGCAGCAGCAGCAGCAGCAGCAACAGUGACCACAACAUGAGAUCACGAUUUGAUGAUUCCUACGGGUGGUGACGACCUUCACGCACCUCGGCCGAUGGUCCAUUGGCUGCCACUUUUUAGACGUUCCAAUUCUGUGGUGUCGUUUUGCUGG